AUGCGUGUUCAUCAGCUUGGUUGGAAGUUGGGAGUUGAUGGCUUAGUCACUGACAGGUUUGGUAGCUUCUUUUUGCACUUGCUUAAUUUUUCCGAGCUGCUUCAGCGUGUUGCAUGUGCUUGGCAGCUGGUUGUGAGUGAACAUGUGAAGCAUCGUGCGCCCUUCUCCACAUUUCAUUUGGUUGAUGUUGGUGCCACGACUGUUGACUUGCACUCUCGUGAUGCUAGCUCUCAAGGGUCUCUUCGGAAAAAUUUGAAUGGUGGUGCCUUUGCGAACGAUGUCGCUUGGAAAUGGUCGGUUAGUGGUGACAAAGCGUGCCGGGCUUGUGGAGUUGAAGAUACCUUGUAUCACCGGUACUGGCAAUGUCCUUCCACCCAACACCUGCGGGAUUCUUUGGAUCCUCAGGUUCUGUCUGUGCUUGAUGACUUGCCUCCUGUCCUGACUGUGCAUGGCUGGACUUUGUCGUCCCCUUUUGCUGAUGAGUGGCGCUGUCGUCUCAUUGCUUUGCCUGAUGUUGUCCCAUCUUGUGUCUGUGAUUUGACUGGCGAUGGUCCUUUGCAUUUGUUCACUGACGGCAGUUGUUUUUGGCCGUCAGAGCCAGCGUAUCGUCUUGCUGCUUGGAGCGUCUGUGUCGCUGCUUCCUGUUCUGGUUCUGACGCUUUCACCAGUCAUGUGGCUGGUGGUGGCUGCCUCUCAGGCUUGACUCAGACAGCAUUUCGAGCUGAAUUGUAUGCAGUCUGCGCUGCCUUGACUUAUGGUGCGUUGACCUCUCGGCCGGUCGUUGUCUAUAGUGAUUGUAAAUCUGUUGUGACUCGAGCGUGUGCUAUGCAGCAUGGGGUGUGUUGCCAUAAACCUAACGUGCAUAAUUCGGACUUGUGGCAGUGGCUUGCGGAUCUUCUUGUGCAGGUAGGUCCCAGGGUGCAGUUUGUCAAGGUGAAGGCCCAUGUUGAUUUGGCACAGACCUCAUCCCAUCGAGAUUUGUGGCUUGGCUAUCACAAUCUGUGUGCAGACAGAGCAGCGGUUGUUUGCAAUCAGGACCGCGGCAGCAGUUUCUGGGAUUUUUGGCGGAAACAUGUGGAGCUUGUGAGCAGACAUGAGUUUGUUGGUCGUCACAUCCGAGAUCACAUUGUUGCUGUGAACCUGGCUUGGUUUUCUGACCCAGAUAUGAGGGAUGUGGCGCCUGAUCAGCCUAUUGUUGCCCCCGCUGUACCAGCAGGAGCUGCUGCUCGCCCUGGUGUUUGGGGAUGGCAGGAGUCGCUGAGUUUGCCUCGGAAAUUUUCUGGGGUUUAUGGUGCAGCCUAUGGGGAUGUGCUUGUGCAAUGGUGCAAUGGGCUUUUUCUGCCUGGACAAGAUGGAGCCCAGUGGGUAGCGGUAGCGGAGGCGCCGCCGGAGCCGGCCGAGCCGGCCGAGCCACGAGCGCAGCUGCUGCCAGCAAGGUCCGGGUCCGCAGCGCCUCCUUUAACCGAAAAGGAUGUGCAGAAAAUGCUACUGAGAGCUCAAGCCGAAACGAAGCAGCGAGAGAGGAAGGAACAAUUAGAGCAAGAAUUGGAGCAACGGAAGGAAGAGCAGUUGAGGACACAGCAACCCAAGCAGCCACCGAAGCCACCACCCAAGGGAACCUCCACCCUUCUGGCCCUGGCAAGCAAGUUGCAUGCCCCUCCAGAGGCUGGCCUCAUGUCCUCGGCGAUGAAGCGAUUGGAGGUGGAGCGUCACCUUUCACCCGUGGACCAGGAGCCUGUAGCUUCCUCAACUCCGAAGGAGAUGCCUCAGGUUGCGAAGUCGCCACCAAAGGUCUGGAAAGCGCCCUCCUUGAUCAAUCAGCUGACGAUGCCGCAGGCCGGACCCCCUGGACCCACGGCUCCAGGGCCCACGGCUCCAGGGCCCACGGCUCCAGGGCCCACGGCUCCAGGGCCCAUGGGUCCAGGGCCCGUGGCUCCAGGGCCCAUAGCUCCACAACCUCCAGGACCCAAGGGUCCUGGAGCCAUUAUGCCACAGCCUGGGUUCCUUGCGGUUUUUUCGCAGGGCGCACAGCCCUUGCCACCACCGCCACCACCGCCGCCACUGGAGGAGGCUUCUACCGGGCUGCGCGCCCCGGUCACGCCGCCCAAGACGUCACCGGCUAAGGGAGUUGGAAAGAUGAACAAGGAGAAGAACUCUCCAGAAACCGAACGCGUACGUUCCUUCUUGCAGCACUUGAAUGGCGAAAAGGCCUCCAAGACGCCAGCAGCAUCGGCUUCAGCCGAGGAUCUUCGCCAGCCGGGAACCUUUAAGGCUGCGGAACAAGAGACUACGUCGACUACGUGUGCAUCCCAGGGAGAUCUUGAGGCUGUUGAGGGCCCACCAGGUGUCAUAUAA